GAUGUUGUAGAAUAUAUUUCAGUGUUGAACAUGUGUAAAUAUCUCUGGGACGCAAAAUCUCCUUCGUACUCAUAUAUAACGAUGAAACUACCUCAAAUAUUCCAUUUUGACAACUGCACUGACGCUGAUUCUUCUUUUGUACUUGUUUAUUUUAUUGAGUGAUGACGUCAGCCAUGGCCUCGCGCGGAGUAACCAACUGGUGGGUCAGUCCCAUUAGUGUAUUUUUGUGUCUUGUUUAAAAAGCUUGGAGCCCAAUUCUCUCACAUUGCGCGAGGCCCAAAUCAUUCAUUCAUUGCCAUGCGAACUUGAAAUAAAGAUUAGAUCUAGUUUGUAAUUAUUAUGUAAUUAUUCUAUGAGGUUGCAAUGUAAUUUUGUGCGUUAUAUUUUGAUGAAUUUUAUCCAAAUCAGACUAUUAGUGAGAGUGAGAUAAAGAGCGACUGUGAGUGUGAGUGACACAGUCCCACUGUCAACAGUUGACAGUGUCUUAAAAAAGAGAAUUGACAGAUUGAGGUUCACUGACUUCUCUCUCGACUAGCCAAGAGGCUCCUAGAGAGUAAAUAUCAUUCAUUAACGUGUGCUUACCCUCCUUGGAGCCAUGGAUUGCGUCUCAUACAUGUGCGUGUACCGCAAAAAAACCCCAGAAAUUUUAUGCUCUCAAGAUUUCUACUUUCCAUCUAAGAGAUGUAGAUCUACAUGUAGUCCUAAAUCAUGUGAAUGGGAUAUACAACUUCAUCUCUGACAUUUCUAUAAUAUUGAUUUCAUAUGUAAACAAUUCAUUAAUUUAAAAAGACGAGAAAAUAUGAAAAGACAGAGAAUUUCAACGAUGUCCAUAGUCACCAUCAUGUUUUUGUUUUUUGCCAAGGCUACAAGACGCCUAUCAAGGAAAUGAAGUUGUAUCCCAUUUACAUGAAUUUAGGUAUAGAUCUUUUAGAAGGAAAGUAGAAAUGUUGGGGACGAAAUUCUUUUUUUUUUUUGCGGUACACACACAUGAAUGGGACACAAUUCCUGGCUCUGUGGAGAGUACCGUAUGCAUUGUACUCUCUGGGUCAGGAGCCUCCUGGCUAUUCUCUAUAGUUGCCAGUGCUAAUAUUUUGACUGAUUAUUGAAUUAAAGGUAUAAAUUGAAUUAUGGAAACCUCAAUAAUAAACCUUGGUAACAAAGGUGUCAUCAUUAUAGAUUUUUUUUUAGUUCAAUUUCAUCGUAGAAUCUAAUGUUAGAUCUAAGCUUGAUCUACUUUCUUUGAAAAUUUAAAUUCAAGACUCGUGCAAUAUACUAAUCUAGAAGUUAAUGUCCAUGGGAACUCAUUCAUUUACUUUGGGACUUUGAAUUUUGAUGAGAAAAAAAGACAUUUUAGCUCAAGAUUUAUUCAAGAAAGUAUGCACUUUUCAGGUGACAAUCUUGACAUAGACUCAGAUAUGAAUUUUAUUGCAUUUUUAAAAACAUGUAUCAUUACAUGAUUAAUUGUGCAGAUGGGUGAGGCCUGAGGGGCCCUGAUAUGGUGGGGGGGGGGGGCUUUCUUUAUCAUAAAUGCACUUUGUGCUAUAAAUUUUAUUACAAACUGCUAAAACUUACCAUGCGAUUAUGAUUUUUCGCAUGACCCCAGGCUAUGUUCUGCUCAGUCCUCCCCCUUCCCACUAAAAAAAAAGAAGAAAAAUUCUGUGGCCUUUGGGUAUCCACACAGACAAUGUCAGUGUUCAGAUAUUUUUAAGAAGUGCCAUACUGAUACAGCAACGCUUUGAUAAUUGAAUUGUCACACUGCUGAGUUUAUUUUCUGGGGGGCACAUUAAAAUUAUUUUUUGAUGGAGAUGUGUCCCUCAAACCCUGAAAUGGAAGUUCAAGAGGGAAACAUACAUGUACAUGUAUUUGUUUUUGAUAUACAUGUAUUUAGGAAAUAUGAUCAAUAUUUUGAUAAACUAAAAUAUGAAUUUAUGCAUUUUAUUUAUUGUAAAUUACUGAGCCUGCAAAUUCUUUUUCAUUUGGGCAAAAAUAUUAGUUGGAUGGGGGCUUCUCUUGCUAUUUCAAUAGAUUUGUGUGCUGUUUUUUCCACCAAUAUGUCCUCCUUCAUCAAUUUUAUACAUGUAUGUGAACAUUGUAAUUUUGCUCUUCGUAAAUAUAUGAUAGAAAGGAAAAUGUUAUGUUAUUACAUAUUGCAAUUAUUUUCUUUGUAAUAACAUUUAACUCUCUGUCCUAAUGUUUUAUUACUUUCCUAGUUUGGGAUUUAUAUUGUUGUAAAAGCAAUCUUCUCCUUUUUUUCCGUUACAGAUCACCUUCACAUCUGGCUGGAUGCCAAGUUCUUUUGAUAGGAGACUCAAUUGUGAGACACGCUACUUUUAAUGGACCCUUUUCUUCCGAAACUUUGUGCUUUCCAGGGGCUAAUGUUACAUCGUUAAGAUCGUCAUUCGUCAAAUCUUUUCCGAAUUACUUUGACUUUUCUACAAAGGCUGUUUUCAUCCAUGUAGGAACAAACAAUUUAGAACUUAGCGUUUGGGAAAAGGAUUCCAAAGCAUUUCGUAAUUUGUAUAUUAGUGUUAGAGAGCGAUUUCGGUGUGCAAAGAUUAUUUUUUCUGCUAUUCUACCAAGGUGGGAUUGUGAACAAUUAUAUCAGAAAAGUCUAUAUAAUAAUUCCCAGCUUAAAGUUUUAUGUGAUAAGUUGUCUUGUUACUAUUUUGAUGGCAGUGAACCUUUUGAACUUGAUGACUCCUACUUUUCUUUUGAUGGACUGCAUCUUUCUGUAGCUGGAGCUCAGCAUCUGUCCACACAAAUAGAGGACUAUAUAAUAUCGAAACUACAGUAUACACAGCCAUCAUACAGCCCUACAUGUACUCGGAUUCCUUCAGAAUUGAAAAAACUCUACACGCCUUUGAAAAAAAAAAAAAAUGUGAACGUUUCAUCUGCACGCUCAUCGAAGCAAUGGGGCUAUUUCAACCCUGAUGUUGAAAUAGAGCGGAGAAGGAAAAGGAGUGUCACCAAAAGGGAGAGGUGGAAGUGUGGAACGAUUCGGACCCCGGAUGGCUUUCAAACUGUGAAGAAGUCAUUCAAACCAUCACCCACCCCACCGUUGCCACCAAACCGUCAUAUCCCGGAAUUUCGCUGUACAGUUCUCAUCCCAUAUAAAAGACUUCAUCAGUCUCAUCAUCCAUUGCCAUCAUGCAUCCCCCUUCCUGGAGUAAAGAGCCAGUACAUCCUCCAUAAGAAGAGGAAGAAGCCAAAGAGGAAAAGAAAACGAAAGGUCCAUCCAGCUGUCUACUCUGUUUACACUCAAUCCCAGCUCAGUCUUCCACCAUAUAAUCAUGUCACCAAUCCUAGUCCUCCAAAUCAACAAGAUGCUCCAAACCCACCCUCAUCAGACUGUGACCAGAAUCCAUCCAGCGUCCAGCAUCCACACCCAAGUAGUCCACUGGUUGAGGUUCCAGUUCAUCAAAGUCAACCCAGUGUCCAAGCUUCACAACCACCCAAGGCUCCAAUCCCGUCAUCACCAUCCAGCACAGGUCGAGUUGCAAGUGAAUCAUCAUUUCCUCUUAUAGAUUUCGAUGUUCAUAUACAUGUAGGUCCCAAUUCAAUCCAAUCUCAUACUCCACCCAUUGUCUACUCAAAUAAUCCUUUGGAUGAUCCAAUCCCUUCCUCACAAUCCAGCAUAGCCUGCCUACUACCUUCUUCCAGCCACUGGGAUGGAAUGCAUCCACCCAUUCGACCUCCUGAUGAAUUAUUUCAAACAUUUGCAUAUACAUGUAGUCUUACUGGUAGUCCAAUUAUAGUGCCUGAUUUAUCUUCUUUUACUAAUUUUAAUGUGCAUUUAACUUCCAGUUCAUUGGGGUGAAGGGACGCAAAAGGGCUCCAUGUAAUAAAGAUGUAUGUGGGCCUUGCCAGCUGUGCAGUAAGAAUUCAAAUAGAUAUUUACACCUUUCUACAUCAUCAAACAAACACUUAAAUGAAUUUAUCAAAGAAAAAUACCCUUCUGUAGAUGAAAAUUAUUGCAUAUGUGAUGCCUGUCGCCAGAAAAAUGUUAAAAAGCUAAAAACAAUAGAUGAAAAGGCAAUUCAAAUCUACACACCUGAAAAAACAAGAAAGAAAGAACGGUUGCCAUGCUUUUUGAGUCAUUAUUUUUUGUGUAACAUGACAUCUGAAUGUGAUACCAAUUGCACACUUGAAGAUUUUAAUUUUGCAUUUUCUUUAGAUUGUGUAUCCAUUCCUGAUUCCAUUCCUAUUUGUAAAAAGCACAGAGCUGAGAUUUUCAACCCCAAAGAGCGAAUUAAAUGUUCAUUUUGUGGUUCCCAAGUCAAAUCCAAAAAAUAUUUUUGUCAUAGUCUUUCAAAGGAAAGUAUUUUGAAAUUGAAAGAAGUUAAUGAUGAGUUUGUUUUUAAUGAUGGAAGCAUUUUGUGUGCCUCAUGUCAGAGGUUUGCUUUACGAGAACAUAGUACUGAAUGCUUGCUAAAAGAAUUGGAACAAUCUUUUCUUCUAAAGUGCCAACAGUAUGAACCAUCAGAUGAUUUAGAUCAUGUGUUAUUUGAUGUCCUGAAUUCUACAUUCCUACACCUUUGUAGCUUAUGUAAUACAAAUAAAGGUUUCUUGUUAAGUACUGCCUAUGAAUAUUUCUUAGAAGUUUUGAAGAGAAAAGUUCCAGAAAAAUCUCUUUACUAUAGAUUGAUAAGAACAAAGACUUUCCUCCAUACAAAAAUUGUUGAAAAUUUUGGCAAAAUUCUGAUCAUACACAAGUCAGCACGAAAAAAGGGAAUAUUAUUUUAUGUCUCAGAUAUAUCAAUGUCAGAUCUUAUUGAGGCAUGGCAUACAAGCUGUUUUGAGUCCAGACUUUUGAAAAAUAAAUGUGAUGAGAGUGGAAAUCCAAGAGAUGAUGAAUAUUUACAAUCUCCUUCAAGCAGUAGUGUAGAAAUAGAAUUCAGGAGUAUAAUAGGUCAAUGCAACAGCAAUUUGCGAACACAGAGCAAACAGAUAAGAGACCAUUUUUUAACAGAUCCUUCUCACCUUAUUGAUUUUACUCUGACUGAUUUAACUUCAUUUUUCAAUCCAUUAGUGUGGAACGUUAUUUGUCUUCUUACUGCCACAAAGGAAGAAUUCAAUCACUUCACAAAGUCAUCAUUUAGUGUAGAAAAAGAAUAUGUCCAUUUUCCAACAGAUAAUACAAAAUCAGGGCAAAGUCGUAGGCAAAGAAGAAUUACUGCAAUUUGUUUCUUACAAUUCAUAUUAAAUGAAGAAAAUAGCUAUCCUGUUCAUAUACUCACUGGUACUUGUAUUCAAAGACUGACUCGUUCCUCAAAACUACUCAAAAUAUUUAAUAGAUUCGGUUUUUCAUGUUCAAAAGAUACUUUAAAUAGAUUUUGGCAUGAAGUGUUUGCUCGAAGGGAAAAAAAUGGACUCCUAUCUGAGCUCAUUCCGGAAGCAUUUACAUUAAUUUCUAUUGAUAACAUUGAUGUAUUAUCUCCGUUUGCUGCUGUAACAAUUGACUCGUCAAGAAGCUGGCACGGAACGUCCAUUAUGGCACAACAGCCAAAGCCUAUCACUGAAAAGUCACACUCAUUAGAAAAGUUGUCUGAAGAUCAAUUAAAUAUAGAUUCUGAUAUUGAACAGGAAUUUCAAGUAGGUGCACAUUCUUCUGAAUCUUCAAUUCCAAAUGUUAAAAAACCUCGUUUGAGAAGGAAGCUGUCCUUACAUGUAAGUGGUGACUCGUCUUUACCAGCAGCAAAUAGGAAAGAUUUCCAGGCCCCUUACUAUAAGACCUUUAUAAGGUCACAGCUUACGAUAGAAUAUUUCGAAUAUUCCAAUCAUGAUAAGAAAUUUUUUGAAGAAGGGUUUUUCAAUAUGUUUGUGUAUGUUGCAGAAAGAUAUUAUAGUUUGCAUUAUCAAUCUUCAACUGUUAUCCCAAGUUUUAAGUGUAAAUUAGCGAUGGUAGGUAGUCACGAGACUGAGAAAUCAAACUUCAGUUAUCUUCAUGUCUUGGAUGAGAAAGCUGACUCACCCAAUACUCUGAUGCAUUGUUUAGGGAUUCUUUACAAAUUAUUUGAAAUCAACAAAAAUAACAAUCACUUAGUUGUAGCUGGAGAUGGAGCCACAAUAAAAAUGUUGAUAAAUAUGAAAAGAGAGUAUGGAGAAGUUUUGGACUGGGUAAUACCAUUUCUUGGAGAUUGGCAUGUUUUGAAAAAUUUUCAGGAGGUGAUAAUGAAAAUUUUCUGGGAUGCUGGUUUGAAGGAUUUAGCAAAAUUGGCCCAUAAGCAGAUGACUUUACAGAGUCUAGCAUCAUGUAGUAAUUUCAAAAGAACACACAGGUUUAUCUUGCAAAGUUAUGAAGCCAUAUUUAUGUGUCUGCUUUCCUCAUUUUUACAGCAUCGUAAAGGAACUGAAGUAGUUAUCUCUAAUGAUGACUUUCUGAAACAGAUAGAGAAUGUUGUUUGUCACCUUGAAUAUGAAGAUGGAAAACACAAAGGUGUAGAUGAAUUUUUUGAUGCUGAAUUGCACUUCAUUCAUUCUGUUAUUCCAUUUGUAAAUGAAUUCAAUGCAUAUUGCGAAGAAAUGUCUUCAAAAUAUGAAACAUUUAGAUUCUGGAACCAGUUUGUGAGAGAAGAUUGUCUGUCAUACAUAAACCUUCACAUAGCAAUACGUACAGGGAAUUGGAAUUUGCGUUUAGCUUCUUUUAAGAAAAUGAUUCCAUUAUUUCAAGCUUUUGAUCGUCAGAAUUAUUCCACCCUCAUCCCAGGACAUCUAAGUAUGAUUUGUGGUUUCCCAGAUUACAUUAGAGAGCAUUUUGAAAAAGGGGCAUUUGUUGCAAGUAUUAGUGGAAAGAACUUUUCGCAUAUUGGACUAGAUGAAGCACAUGAAAUGCUUAUCAAUAGAGACUGUAAAAUGGCCUUAACACAUAGCUUACCAAAGGAUAUGAAUACAUUGGCUGGAACUCUAGAGAAUCAAGCAAAGAUGAUAAGUACAUUAGAAGACCAGUUAGGCAUUACAAAACCAAACAAGUAUCAAAGAGAUCUUGAUUUGUCAGUCAUUAAAUUAGAAUUCGAUAAUGUGAAAUCAUACUUUGAAAAACUUUCUAACACGCAGAUAUUCCAUAGCAAUCAGUCAGCAUGUCUUUCUCACAUUUUCACUGAAAAGCCAGCCACUGCAGUCCAACAACAAUCUCUUUUGAAUUUUAGGAAAAUGGGGAAGAUGCUUAUAUGGCAUAUUGUAAAAUGUUCAUAUUGGGACAGACAUCUGUUGAAAAACCAGUUGCAAGAAAGUUUCGACUCAAAACUUUUGCUAAGGAAAAAAUUAGAAAAAAAAAGGUAUCUGAUUUGGAGAAAGAAAAAAAACUAAUUACUUUAUGUUAUAAACGAACAAUUGCUCAUUCUCAAGAAAAGAAAAUUCCUAUAUCAGAUUUGUGCCAAUUUGUAACAGAACCACGAGCAUUAUGUGGACAAAAUCAUAUGCCUCAUAAAGGGGCAAAAUCGUUGAUUUAUACACAACUUGAUAAGCGUUACAAUACACAAUAUCCUUUGAUUGCACAUUCAUAUAGCUUUUCACCUACUGACUCUUGCGUUAUUAUUGAAGGAAUGAAUAUCAUUUACACCUCUCCAUUGAAACAGUUUAAAGUAUUUCUUGAUUAUGCUAAAUUUUUGGUUCAGCGGUGGGUAGCAUCAUAUUUUAAGAAAGGUUUUAGAGAAGUAAGGAUACUUUUUGACCAGGCAGGCACUCAGGGUAUAUCACCUAAAGGAAUAGAAAGAACACGUAGGGAUAGAGAAGAUGAGGAAUAUAAUUAUGAAAGUAUAGAUGAUAAUGUCCCUCUUCCCAGAACUUGGAUGAAUUUUCUUAAAAUACGUUCAAAUAAGCAAAUGCUUUGUCGUUAUUUAUCACAGAAGUUUAUAGAUAUUGUUGCACUAGAAUUCAAGGAUCCAAAUCAAAUUUUUAUUACAUCAGGUGGGUUCCAUGUUGGUUUAGAUCAAUCUUUUGAUUGGACUGGUGUUAAGGUUUCUUCAAGAGGCAAAGAAAGUCAUAACAUUGUACAUAAUCAUGAAGAGUCCGAUACUCAAAUCUGGUUACACGUUUUUGAUUCACCAUGUUCAAAAAUUUUAAUUUAUUCGAUUGAUAGGGAUAUAGGAAUGAUAGGGCUGCCUUUAAACUUUCAUGAAAAAUCAAUAAUAAUACAAUUUGAUGCCAAGCCAGGACAAGAAAAGUUUUUGAAUUUGAAUAUGUUACAAUCUGCAUGUGAAAAAGAUUCAGAUCUAUCCCAAUUAAGUUUGAAAGCAAUAGAUGUUAAGAAGUGUAUUCAAACACUCUACAUAUGUAGUGGAUGUGAUUUUGUGUCAUUUUUUGCACAACUAGGGAAGCGUGUAUUUUUUAAUACGUUUUUCCAAUAUGCCUCUUUUAUUGCUGGAGAAUUGUCUACAGAUACACAAGGAACAUUAUACAAUACAAAUUUAAAUGUUGAUAGUGAUGCAGGGUUACUCUCUUUUUAUAGACUUGUACUAUGUGUUUAUUUUAAUGCAAAUCGUGCAUGUCUACACGACUAUUCCUCUCCAGUUGAUUUGUUCCAUAGUAUUGAUGAAUGUUCUGUGUUUGGUAGGCAUAUUAAAGCUCUUGAGGUUGUUCGGAAAGCAUCGUGGAAGGGAGUCUAUGAAGAUGGACUUUUACCUUCCAGUUCUGCCCUAAAAUUGCAUUGGCUUCGAUCCUGUUGGGUCCAAACUGUUUGGGAUAAAGUACAGAUUCCCAUAUACAAUUAUCCAGACAUUGAAUUAUAUGGCUUUCUUGUAUCCAGGGAUGAUGGGGAAGUACAUGUGUCAUGCCAGUGGGACACAGAUGAAAGUAUUGAAAAGAUUAAAUCAAAUGUUUUAUAUCUCACAAGGGGUUGUUCUUGUGCCAAGAGCAAAUGUCAAAACCGUUUAUGUAAAUGUAGAAAAGAUGGUCGAUUUUGUGGGCCAGGUUGCAGAUGUAGACAGUGCCAAAAUCUUACUGCUGUAGAGAAACUGGCAAGUGAUAGCGACUCCAGUGAAGAAGAUUCUGAUAUUGAUCAUUUUGAAUAUGAUUCUGAUUUUGAUGAAGUUCCUUGUGAUAAAACAAAUAUCGAAGGUACCAUUGAAAUCGACAGUAAUGGUGAUUUAUCUCUGUUUGAAGAUUUGCAGGAAGAAUGUUCAGAUUAUGAGUAGGCAUUCUCUGUGUCUUGUUCUUGUAGCCCUUUAAAAUCAUUCAUCAGCCAUUUAAUCAGUCUAUUAUAUGCCAGUAUUCAUUGGCUGCUGUGAGGGUUAAGUUUGUUACAUUGAAUCUAUUCAUGAUAGCUAUUACUUUUAUAUUAUGUACAUGUGUUUUUUUAUCGUUAUAAUUUUUGUUUAAAGAACAUUUAUAAGAAGGCAUGACAGGCAAUGUGGAAAUGUUGGUGAGCAUUUACACAUGUUUUUUAUGUAUGUGAUACCUUUUUUUAUUUGUAUAUCAUUAAGUCUCUGCAACAUUACACUAUUUCCACAUUAUGCAUAACAGAAGAAGUUGAACGAUUUUUUUUCUUCACAAGUAUGCACAUUUUUCAUGCGAUAUUUCACAUACCUUGCCAUGUUAUGUUUAUUCUUGCUUUUUACUGCAAUACAUAUGAGUCAGUGUAUGUAGACGUUUCUUGCCAGUGCCAUUGAGGUCUUGCAGGUCAAUCAUUUUGGUACAUGUAGCUGAAAUAAUAGUUGUCGUAGUUGCAUGAAACAAAUGUGAAGUUUCUUACGGCAAUUGUGAGGCUUGAGCAGAAUACAUGGUUACAUGUAUUUUGUUAGAUUGGCUAGUUAUUUCAUUAGCUAUAUAUAGAGGUGCAGUACAAGUAUUUCAUCUUGAACUUUGAUGCAGUUUUUUUCAAUAUGUGUGUGAUUUAAAUAUUCUAUAAAACAGUUGUGUAUAUUAUUUUGCCCUGUUGUUGCUGUUGCUACUUAUGAUUAUGUAAGUGUGCAUUUUUUUUUGUUUGCAUACAUGUAUCGAACCUUUUGUACAAGUUGUCAUGAUGGUGAGCAUUGAACUACAUGUACCCUUGUUCCUACUUUACAUGUACAUUAUGUAUAUUUUCAUGAUCACCUCUAUAUAAAUUGUUUUUCCUUGCCAUUUAGAAAGUGCAUUGUGGCAAUUUCUUGCAGGUCAAUCAUUUUGGCGACUCGGAUAAGUUUUUUUGUAGUUACAUGUAUAUGAAACAAAUAUGUUUCUUGCAGCAAUUGUAAGGCUUGAGCAGAAUACAAGUCAUGAUGGUUACAUGUAUUUUGUUAGAUUGGCUAAUUAUUUCAUUGGCAAUAUAUAGAUGUAGAGGUGCAGUAAAUGUCAGUCCUCUUGAACUUUGAUGCAGCUUUUUCAAUAUGUGUGUGAUUUACAAUAUUCUAUAUUACAGUUGUGCAUAUUAUUUUGCCCUGCUGUUGCUACUUAUGAUUAUGUAAAUGUGUAACUUUUUUGUUUUUAUGUUGAAGCACUUGUACAAGUUGUCAUGAUGGUGAGCAUUGGACUACCCUUUUACAUGUACAUUAUCAUCAUUUUGUAUAUUUUCAUGAUCACCUUUUUAUGAAUUGUUUUUCCUUGCCAUUUAGAGAGUGCAUAGUGGCAGUUUUAACAUCUCAUACACAUGUUAACAAUGGGGACAUUAUCACAGUUGGUGAUAGGUAUAUUGACCCCAGUAAUUCCAUAUAUUGUAAUAUGUAUUACGUAGAUAUACAUGUAUGUAAACGUAUGGCUGAAUUAUUUCUUUUAUAAGGCAGUUUUGAUGGCACUGACUUCUGUAUACAAAGAUUAUUUUACUUGUUUCUUGUCAUGACUACCAACUUUAUUUCACUGAUGGGGCUUUCCUAAACAAUACAUUCCUUGUAUAUAAGAUUUUUUACUCAUAUUUACCUCAACUACUGUAGUCUGCUUGCCAAAGACAUUCAGGGAGCAUUGUAUGUAAAACUGCCUUUAUCUUGAUCAACAUGUUUGAUUGUAAAACAAAAACAGUAUUCACUUAUACUCUGUUUAUGUUCUUGCCUUGAAUUAUAUUAGGUGCCAAAGUUUUUUGCUUGUAUUUAUAUGUUGUGUAAACACGAGUUUCAAGAGUUUGAUAUUGGAAAUAAAGUCUUUUUUCUUGUUAAAAUUGAUCUGAUAUUGAACAUGCUUUCCAUUUUUUUCUUUAGGAAUAUCCAUUUACUAUGAGCUAGAUUUUGAAUUCAUGCAUUGUAUUGCACUGGUGAUCUAAAUAUGAGAAUACAUAAGAGAGGAAUAGCAAAAAGUCAAGAUAUAAAGAAAAAGAAGAAGAGAAUACGUGUAUGAACUUAAGUUACAGUUACACUACUGUUUAACAGGUUUCUGUGCAUGACAGAAAAAAAAACAUGUUCGAUUAGAAAGUCGGCUGGAUGUGUGAGGAAAAUAUUACAUGUAAUAUCAAGAGAGAGAGAGAGAGACAGAGCAACACUAAGAGAGGUAGAGCGAUGGAUGUUUCCCACAGAGAAAAGUAUUUGAAAACGAAUAAAAAACACAGUAAAAUGGGACAAGACUUGUGAAAAUGAGAAUAUGGAAAAUUGAGGAGGAAGAGGAGAUCUGUUGAACAAAUAUAUCCAAGUAUCCCACUGCAAGAUGGAAUGUAAUUGUUCAAAGAAAAGGGUGGAGAAUGAAUCGUGAGAAAUAGAAAUAUACAUCGCACCCAGUUGUGGAAAUAGGAGGGGGACACGUGCCCCGCUGCCCCCCUUGAGA